AUGCCAGAUGGAAGAACAAGGAAGGUGCGCUUGGACCAGAUUUCGGAAAACGAUGUCGUCGUAGCUGUUAUGGGUCCCACCGGGGCAGGAAAGACUACGUUCAUUAAUGCUGCUACGGGGCAAGGCGACUACCUCGUGGGUCGCAAGCUCCGAUCUCGUACUGCAAAGAUUCGGACAACACGAUAUGUUCAUCCUGCUUAUGCACGCCCUAUCAUCUUCGUCGACACUCCUGGGUUCGAUGACACUAGCAAGCCUGAUACAGACAUUUUGAGAAUGGUUGCGGACUGGCUGGUGAUGGUGUACAGCAGGAACAUCAAACUCGCAGGUGUCAUUUAUCUGCAUCGUAUCUCCGACAAUCGCAUGUCAGGUGCUUCUCAGAAGAAUCUCCGUCUGUUCACCCAGAUAUGUGGUGAUAGCGCGAUGCAGAAUGUUACCAUCGUCACGACGAUGUGGAAUUCUGUCAGGGAGGAAGUGGGAACGAGCCGUGAGGCCGAACUACGGAAUAAGUUCUGGCGAACAAUGCUGGAGCAUGGUGCAGAGACUGCGAGGUAUCAGAAUACAUUCAAUUCCGCCUGGGAGGUCCUCGACCGCUUCACACGAAACGAGCUAAGUGUCCUGCAACUGCAGAUGGAGAUGGUGGAUUCGAACCAGCUGCUGAGAGACACCCAGGCUGGGAUCGCGCUCUACUUGCAGCAGUCACUCGCGGAAAGGGAGAACUCGAUUCGCAGACAUCGGGAAACCGCGACUAUCGAGAACGACAGUGGACAGCUGCAACAGCUGGAUGCGCAACUCGCAGCGAUCGAGGAGACUCGUAGGUCCUUCUACGAGAGCCUAGAGACGAGAUCCUCUCUAGGAAGACGUAUCCUCAAGUUCUUGACUUGUUUCUAA